AUGUCAUUGUCUCGCAAUGGUUUGUCUCAGUUAUGGCUCUUAAGAAGCGGUGAUUUACCGACGAAGAAGUGUUUUGUGUCCCAAUCCGUGUCCACUCGCCAUAUAAUGGACUGUUUGGGCGCAACUGCGGUGACCGCCGCCGAAGUGAUGGCCACCGAUGUUGUGAUGGAAGACAUUGAGACACCGAUGGACUCGUUGUUGACCGACGGCUGUGUCUUCGAUGACAAACCAGUGCCGCAGUCAUUGACACCACAGCAGACGCCCAUUGAGUUGAGCGAAGAGUUGGUACCGACAGAGCGACCAUUAGUUAGUGGCGCCGAAGAGUCGGCGUCCGGUGUAGUGAUUGACGACAAUAUGAUUGUUGUGAACAAUAGUCACGAAACGAGCGAAAAGACGCCGACAAAUGACACGAACGCGAGUCCAGUGGUCGACACCGAGGACUGCAAAGACGGGCUGAUUGUGAGGUCCGGGCGGUCGGCGGCGAUGGACCGGUCGUUGCGGUCGAGUCACGUGCGAGAAGUGCAUCAAUUGAAGACUGAAGUGCAGAAACUGAAGACCGAAUUGACUCAAUUCAGACGCCAGAAGACAAACGUUAGGCUCAAGAAUAAGAAGUUGAAUCAAUUGAAGGCCGAGAACGAGAAGUUGUCCAAUGAGUUGCUGUUCUCACAUAAGAUCAACGAAAUACUGACCAAAUUUAAGCACUACUUCGAGGAGAGGUUCGCUCUUAUGAACGAUAAUUGUCUCCAAAGUGACCAAAAUUUAGUUGAUUUGCAAAUGGAGUACAAAAACACUUUGAAUGAAAGGCAAACGAUUGACGCGUUGAACAAAAGCGUUGACUUGAAGUACAAAUUGUUUCCCGAUUUAAAUAACUCUAAAAAUAAUGCAACUUUUGGUGUAAAUAAAACUACAUUUGAAUCGAUAAUAGCAAAACGGCAGAAAUCUAGAGGUCGGCCGCGAAAGUUGGACACAUUGGACGACUCGGCAGAGGGUAUGGCCGCUGAGAUGACGGCGUCGUCCGUCAAGAGAGCAGCUAAACACUCUUUCAAAUGCACAUACGAUGGCUGCGCCUAUCAGUGCACCAGAAGUAAAAUGUUGAGCGAACACAUCAACAGCGCCCACACCGGAGACCGACCAUAUGUGUGUCCAAUGACCGACUGUAAUAAGUCGUUCGCGCGCUCCAACACAUUGGAUGUUCACUUGAAGUCAUGUCACAGCGAUUUGCGGCGCUAUCGGUGCACGUGGGAGGGCUGUAACGCCGCACUUAAGACCAAACUCGGCCUUUCUAUUCAUUUACAGAGACAUUCGGGAGAGAAGCAGUUCCGGUGCGAAUGGCCCGGAUGUUCCUAUAGAGGAAUGACUAAACAAAGACUUGAAAUACACAUAAUGAAUCACACGGGAGAGCGACCCUAUAAGUGUAUGUGGCCCGGAUGUGACGCCAACUUUACUUCAUCCGACUGUCUCAGGUCUCAUCAAAAGUCUCACAGCAAUAACCGUCCGUAUAGGUGCGAUUGGCCGGGUUGUGACUCUGCAUUCAAGGCGAACCGCGCGCUCACUAUUCACAAAGUGAUUCACACGAAUGAGAAGGUGUUUCGAUGCAUUUGGGAGAACUGCGAGUUCCGCUGCAAUCGUUACCACAUUCUGGCCACUCAUCGACUGUCGCAUACGGGGGGCAAGAAGUUCGGGUGCAGUUGGCCCGGCUGUGAGUCCAAGUUUGACCGCCGCAACAAACUGGAGAUGCAUUUAAUGAUACAUCGGGGCGAUAAACCGCAUAAGUGCGAGUGGCCCGGCUGUGAGAAGCGCUUUGUCGAGAAGGGCAACAUGCGCAAACACUAUAAUAGCGUUCACUCCAAGGCCUGACCUGAAGUAUGAUUGUAGGCCCUAAUCGUCAAAAUGUUUAUAUUUUUUGCUUGUUUUUUAAUUCUCAUUGAUA